CAAUAAUGAAGAGUUUUCUUCUAGUUGUGAAUGUCCUGGCACUAUCCAUGCCUUUUUUGGCUGCAGAGAUUCAAAACCAGGAACAACAAGCAUGCCAUGAGAAUGAUGAAAGACAAUUAUAUCAGAAAAUAGUUCCAUAUAUCCCAAUAUAUUAUGUGCUGAAUAGCUAUCCAUAUUAUAGAACCAAUUGGUACCAAAAUAGACAAGCUAUAGCAAUUAAUACUCCAUAUGUGUCUCGCCCAUAUUAUCCAAGCCCAGUUAGGCCACAUGCCCAAGUUCCUCAGUGGCAAUACCUGCCAAAUAUCCACACACCCACCGCAGUACGUCGCCCAAAACUACAUCCAUCAUUUAUUGCCAUCCCCCCAAAGAAGAUUCAGGAUAAAAUAAUCAUCCCUACCAUCAAUACCAUCACUACUGUUGAGCCUACACCAACUUCUACCACUGUAACAAUGGUGAAGAGGAUAGUCACUCCAAAAGCUUCCUCAGAGUCCAUCAUCACAAGCACCCCUGAGACAACCACAGCCUCAGUUACUACACCUACGGCAUAAAAACACUAAGGAAAGAUCAAAGAAGACAACACAG